UGACAGGAAAGUUGUUCGGGUAAAUUGAUGUUCUGUGGGUCGAAUAGGAUAUUUAAACAUUUACUGGAUAGGUUUCAAAUUGGACUCAGUGCUAUCUGGGAUCUUGGGACGUCCCUACUGAAGUGGAAUUUAAAAUAGGUAAGGGUUAGGGGUUUCCCAAACUCCGUCCGGGGGACCCCGUUUAGUUUUUUCCCCUUAACACUACACAGCUGAUUCAAAUAAUCAUCAAGCGUUUGUUUGUUUGAAUCAUCUGCGUAGUGCUGAGGCAAAACCCAAAACUUAGACCCCUUGAGGUCCUCUGGACCGAGUUUAGGAAACGUUUAUUGGGUAGGGACGUGCCAACAAUUCCGGAUAGCACUAACCAUGUACAGCUCAGCUGCUACGCCAAGACAACCCGUACAGCAGCCCUCCAGUAGAGGGCGACUACAACAACUCGUGUACAGAAUGCAACAUCAUUCAAAGUCAAAGAAGAGGUUUCAGAAUUCGGGGAGGGGGGGGACUGACCCUUUUUUUGUUCCACUGGAGAUUCGUUCUUGAACAGUGAGCAGGAGCAUAACAGACCGAUAAGAAACCAUAGCGCCACGGUUAAUCUUAUCAGGCCAGGUAAAGAGAGGAAAGAAACCCGAUGCAAGGUAUCGCACAAGAGCUGUUCAGACAGCGAUUCUCUGGUCAUCAGACAGGCAGCUUUUGUCGUUACAACUCUGCGUGUCUGGGGUACUGGAAGGGAAGGGGGUUUGGCGAGUACGGAGAAGACUACACGCCGAGAGGAGGGGGCUGGAAGUCUGCAACUCUUCCAGCCUGGAAGGGCUGGCGCUGUGGCCAUAGAACCCUGGACUGUCUAGUGCCCGCGCGGUUAAGUGGAUGGGAUGGAGCCGGGACCGUCUGGCGCUGGGAAGUGGUGGAAUACAUGGUGCAGCACUUCAAGCCCCAGCUCUUUGGCGACAGGAAGCCGGUGUACGACGGCAAGAAGAAUAUCUAUACGGUGCUAGCGCUUCCUAUUGGUAGUGAGAAGGUGGACUUUGAGGUGACUAUCCCCGGGGAGGGGAAGGAUCGUAUCUUCAAGGUGUCUAUCCGCUUUCUGGCCACGGUGUCAUGGCGUCUGCUCCAGGAGACGCUGGUCAGCGGGCGCCUGCAGGUACCCCUGGACUCUGUCCAAGCCCUGGAUGUGGCCAUGCGCCACCUGGCCUCCAUGAGGUACACUCCGGUGGGACGAUCAUUCUUCUCCCCACCUGAAGGAUACUACCAUCCCCUGGGUGGGGGGAGGGAAGUGUGGUUUGGUUUCCACCAGUCUGUACGCCCCGCCAUGUGGAAGAUGAUGCUAAAUAUUGAUGUGUCUGCCACGGCCUUCUACAAAGCCCAGCCGGUGAUCGAGUUCAUGUGCGAAGUCCUGGACAUCCGCAACAUAGACGAGCAGCCCAAGACCCUGACCGACUCGCAGAGGGUCCGCUUCACCAAGGAGAUCAAAGGUGGGCCGUUGAACAGUCUGAAGGUGGAGGUGACUCACUGCGGUCAGAUGAAGAGGAAGUACCGCGUCUGCAACGUCACGCGACGCCCCGCCAGCCACCAGACGUUUCCCCUGCAGCUUGAGAGCGGACAGACGGUAGAAUGUACGGUGGCCCAGUACUUCAAGCAGAAGUACAAUCUGCAGCUCAAGUAUCCCCACCUGCCCUGCCUCCAGGUUGGUCAGGAGCAGAAGCACACCUACCUGCCCCUGGAGGUUUGUAACAUAGUAGCAGGGCAGCGCUGCAUCAAGAAACUGACAGAUAAUCAGACGUCCACUAUGAUCAAAGCCACGGCUCGCUCUGCACCUGACAGACAGGAGGAGAUCAGCCGGCUGAUGAAAAAUGCCAACUUUAACCUGGACCCGUACAUCCAGGAGUUUGGGAUCAAGGUGAAGGAUGAGAUGGCGGAGGUGACGGGAAGGGUGCUGCCUGCCCCCAUCCUACAGUAUGGAGGACGGCUUUUGUCUCCCACCUGUUCCACCUCACAGAACCGGGCCAUUGCCACGCCCAACCAGGGGGUGUGGGACAUGAGGGGAAAGCAGUUCUACAACGGCAUUGAGAUCAAGGUGUGGGCCAUUGCCUGCUUCGCCCCCCAGAAACAGUGUCGGGAGGAGGUGCUCAAGAACUUCACAGACCAGCUGCGUAAGAUCUCCAAGGAUGCUGGGAUGCCCAUCCAGGGCCAGCCGUGUUUCUGUAAAUACGCUCAGGGAGCCGACAGUGUGGAGCCCAUGUUCAGGCACCUGAAGAACACCUACUCUGGACUGCAGCUCAUCAUCGUCAUCCUGCCCGGAAAGACCCCCGUCUACGCGGAGGUGAAGAGGGUGGGAGAUACUCUCCUAGGAAUGGCCACUCAGUGUGUCCAGGUGAAGAACGUGGUGAAGACGUCCCCCCAGACCCUCUCCAACCUCUGCCUCAAGAUCAAUGUCAAGCUGGGGGGAAUCAACAAUAUCCUGGUGCCUCACCAACGGUCAGCAGUGUUUCAGGAGCCUGUCAUCUUCCUGGGGGCCGAUGUAACACACCCCCCUGCUGGAGAUGGGAAGAAGCCCUCCAUUACCGCUGUGGUCGGCAGUAUGGACGCCCACCCCAGCAGGUACUGUGCCACAGUCCGGGUCCAGAGGCCCAGGCAAGAGAUUAUCGAAGACCUUUCUUACAUGGUCCGAGAGCUGCUGAUCCAGUUCUACAAGUCGACCCGCUUCAAGCCCACCAGGAUCAUCUUCUACAGGGACGGAGUGCCUGAGGGGCAACUGCCGCAGAUACUCCACUACGAGCUUCUGGCCAUCAGGGAUGCGUGCAUCAAGCUGGAGAAGGACUACCAGCCUGGUAUCACCUACAUCGUGGUCCAGAAGCGCCACCACACACGCCUCUUCUGUGCCGACAAAUCUGAGAGAAUCGGGAAGAGUGGUAACAUUCCUGCAGGGACCACAGUGGACACCAGCAUCACUCACCCAUUUGAGUUUGACUUCUACCUUUGCAGUCACGCGGGUAUACAGGGGACUAGUCGGCCCUCACAUUACUACGUCCUGUGGGACGACAAUCGUUUCACCGCCGACGAGCUGCAAAUCCUCACCUACCAGCUGUGCCACACCUACGUGCGCUGCACCCGCUCCGUCUCCAUCCCCGCGCCAGCCUACUAUGCCCGCCUCGUGGCCUUCCGUGCCCGCUACCAUCUGGUGGACAAGGAGCAUGACAGUGGGGAGGGGAGCCAUGUCUCUGGUCAGAGUAACGGUCGGGACCCCCAGGCUCUGGCCAAGGCGGUGCAGAUUCACCACGACACGCUGAGGACCAUGUACUUCGCCUGAACACCACCGCCACCACCACUGUCCUUAAGACUCACCAUCCCUCGGUGAGGGGCCUGGGAGCCCACAGGAAGCCUUCCACCUUUCCUCCUCCCCCCAUGGCUGUGACCACCCACACACUCCACAUACCCUCUCAUGACUGACCCACCACAGCCAAACCACCCCAGUACCAGAACUAUACAUCCCUCACCUGAUCAACCCAGGCAGACUCUGCAGCGUCCUGCACUACGGUUAUUAUUAUCAUUAUUGAUAUUAUAUGUUUAUUUUUUAUUUACUUUACCAGGACUGUGUUUUUAUGUUGACUUCAAAACAAAAAGAGGGUAUUAUUGUAUUGUAUGCGACCUUCCACACUCCUAUGUAUGCAAUACGGAGGGGAGGAAAACGGGCGCUGAGCUGCCCCGAGACUUUUGACUGCCACCACAAUGCUGCCUCUUACCUAUCCGCGUGGCGGAUGCCAGUGUUCUGUUCCAAGCCCCUGGUACAACAGGAGUCAUGGGAACCCUGGACGGGGGAAGGGUGACAAAAAGGACACACUUAUUAUUGUUAACUUUUUAUCAUGAACUCCAUUCUUAUGUUGCCGUUCAACCUUUUUUUUGUUAUGGCCUUGAUGCGCGCAACGGGACGUAUGGUACAUUAGCACUUAGAGAUUAGCAUGUAGUCAACGCCGCUCACCCUGCACCUAUAUGAAGUGUUUAUGUCUGUGUGAGACUAGCCCUCUGCUCUUAAUUGUGGAAAUAGAAAGAGCAGGUGUAGCAUGUCGUAGAUACAUUAGACUAAGUGCUUCUUCACUUCAUCUGUGCAGGUUGGGAGUCUCCUCUUAGAAUUAGCCAGUAGAGAGAGGUCAAUGUAGAAGUUAGAGGGACCAUUGCAUUGAGUGUAUUGAAUAUACUCACACCCCAUGCACCUAAACCAGCAUUAUUAUUAUUAUUAUCCAGCCUAAUGUGAUGCUUACCAGUGGAAAAUGGGCACCUAUGUAAACAGGACGAAGAUAAUCUUUUGUGUCAGAAUGCAUUUACUCUACGGAGGAAUUACGAGGCACUUUCUUUACCUGAUUGGUUUAUGUUACUUCAGAAUGGGGAGAUUUGUCUUCCCUGAGGCUUCACACACAGGCCUACACACACCCCCACCUACCUACCUACAUAAUACAUAUUCUCACACCUACAACCUCUCUAAGCUUGCUGAACCAAUAGAGUAACAGUAGCAAUACAAGGUCUUCAUCUUGGCUUUGUAGGUGUGAAAGCUGCAAAAAGACGUGGGCCAGAGAACAUUGAUUUAAGUGUUUCUCCCUCACUUUUAGCACUUGGCCUUGGCUACAUGAUCAUUCUACACAUUCUAGGUACACAUUCCAACCUGUCAAUGGAGACGAUGUACACACCAAAACACUACGUUGACAUACACACACACAUACUGUACGCGCACACAGCGUCUCUUUUUAAAAAAUAUUGUAAAUAGCUUGUCCUACCUACAGACAUCGACCACAGCAUCGUCAACACAAGCACACUCAUGCCUCCUCACCCUGUCACAUUCUCCUACGGAGUGUGUACCGAGCCGCCUCCACGCAUGCACUUGCCCCCUUAAAACUCCCACAUGAAUACUUGCCCCCCUCCUUCAAACACCACCACCCAUUUUCCCCCUAUCAAUACCCCGCUCAACCCUCUGCCUCAGCUCCCCUCCUCCCAGCCUAGUGUAUGAUUCCCCAUUGGUGCGCUGUGUGCAUGGACAACACAGAUAGGGGUUUGCUACACAGGUUAUUGGGGGGGUACUUACUCAAUAUGCUCUGCCUUCACUUCUGAUCACUUUCUGACUUUAUGAAAUGCAUGAAACACAUUUUUAUUAUGACUGGGUAUUCUGAGCCACCUUAGUUUUCCUAGGAGCUUAUUACGCUCACUUCUGCCUUUCAGUCAUAGCCUCUUUUGUGUAAACGGUGAACUGAAAGGCUGCUUUUUGUUUUCUGUAUUGUGUUGAGUAGUGUCAGAGUGGAUCCUCAAGGUACUAUGCGAAAAGUAGUCUGACGACUUUCACUUCUUGGCCUUCAAGCGCCUCCAAACAUGUCUGAUGGGUUGUAGAGCCGCUUUAUGUUGGAAGGGAAUGACGAUAGAGAUUGAAUGAUAUGGGGGAAUUCAUGUUUAUGAAUUUACGCAAUCAAAAUGCUUUUGUACACCAUUUUACUGACCCCACAUGUCCCAGGUAAUUUGUAUAUAACCUGUAAUGAAUUUGGGCUCACCAAUGUAGCGGGGCCUUUGCAGUUGGGGUUAGUCCCCCCCCCAAGCCCCUCUGUGUUCAAAUUCAGCUUGGGUAAGCCCAACGCCACUGAUCCAGAUGCAGUUCUUAUCUUCACUCUGGGAAAAGCAUCAUGAUGAGGACACAAGCGAAUCUGCUCCACACUGACUAAGCAAUAUAAAAGCCACUGAUCAAGAACAGUCUUUGUCAUAGCACUUCCCAAUAGGUUGAAUGAAAGGAAAUGGAAGCAACUUAUUUAGGCUCUGUAUGGUGUAAUAGUAUGGGGACUCUGUUGGGGAGGGCUAUUUUUUAAAGAAAAUACAUUUGUUUUUUAUUA